CCCGCAGCCCCACCCCGAGUUUCCUGGGGGUGCCAGUGGGCACUCCCUGGUUGGGCUGGUUGCCUUGAAAGCUCUAUAUAAGAAAAGGAAAGGGGAAUCUCCUGUUCAUGAUCUACUGUAUUCGCGGCCGCCUGACUAGCCCUGUGCCUCUCUGGUUUCUGUGGGACACUCCGCGGAUUUAUCCCCGGCUGCCAUGGCAGCCGCGGUGUGGGCGCUGUCGGCCUCGGGGGCAGCUGUGAGCUGCUGGAGUGAGGAGUUGAAAGCGUGAGCAGCGCUGUUUUUGCAAGGGGGUACGGCUAAAGGCAAGGAAUAUUCUUGCCUCUACUGGCAGGAGAUGUAGUUCUAUCAGGGACACUGUAGUUCUGUCCAGGGACACUGGCAGUGGUCCCCAAGGCUCGGUACUGGGCCCAGAACUGUUUAGAGUUGGAUGACAUGGGUGAAGGGGCAGAUUCCUGCUCAGCAAAUUCACUGAGAACACAACGCUGGGAGGAAUGGCCAACGCUCUGGAGUGCUGUGCAGCCCUUCAGAAGGACCUCGGCAGGUUGGAGAGAUGGGCAGAGAAGAACCAUCUGAAAGUCAACAAAGGCAAAUGAAGGAUCCUGCACCUGGGGAGGAACAGCCUCAGGCACCUGGGGCUGACCUGCUGGGGAGCAGCUCUGUGGAAAAGAACCUCGGGUCCUGGUGGACAAGAAGCUGUCCAUGAGCCAGCAGCGUGUCCUUGUGACCACCAAGAAUGCCAAUGGUAUCCUGGAGAGCAUUGCCAGCAGGUGUAGGGAGGUGAUCCUGCCCCUGUACUCAGCCUUGCUGAGGCCGCACCCAGAGUGCUGUGUCCAGUUCUGGGCUCCUCAGAACAGGAGAGACAUGGAGCUGCUGGAGUGGGGAAGCAGAGGCUACAAAGAUGAUGAGGGGACUGGAGCAUUUGAAGAGGAAAGGCAGAGGGAGCUGAGCCUGUUCAGCCUCAAGAAGAGACAACUGAGAGGAGACCUCAUCAAUGUCUAUAAUUAUCUGAAGGGAAGGUGCCAAGGCAAUGGAGCCAGGCUCUUUCUAGUGGUGCCAAGCAGUAGGACAAGUGAUAAUGGGCAGUCACUGAUGCCCAGGAAGUUCCACCUGAACAUGAGGGGAAACUUCUUUAUUGCAUAGGUGACUGUGCCCUGGAACAGAUUGCUUAGAGAGGUUGUGGAGUCUCCCUCAUUGGAAAUAUUCAAAAACCACCUGGAUGCAAUCCUGUACUCUGUGCUCUAGGAUGACCUUGCUUAAGCAGCAGGUCUGGACCGGAUGACCCACUGUGGUCUGUUCUGACCUUACCCAUCAUUCUCUUUCCUAGAUGUUGAGUCCUCUGAUCCAAGUGAAACACUAAAUUAUUUGGAAAGCAUCAUCUUUAGUUAAAAACAAACCCAAAUGCACAAAAACCUGAGCACAGCUUAAUUAAUUCAAAAUUAAGGAGGAGAGCAAUGAUGCUGAGUCAGCAAGGUCUUUAUAGUUGCGUCCUGUUUCUUAAAGCAGUUGUAUGCUUAUGGUUUGGAAGAAACUGCUGCUGUUAGCAGGAAUCUUUCUUUAAUGAAGUCAGAAAUAUAUUUUGGCAGAUGCUUGGAUAAGUUUAGAAGAACCUGGUAAGCUUGAGGAUGUUCUUCUCACUUGUCUUUCCCCAUAUAAUUAUUUGCAGCUUAGCAAAUUAGUUUGUUGACCCAGAGGUGGUCUCUUAAUAUCCCUUGAUUUCUUUUUUAAGAACUUAUCUGGUAUUUUGUGGUACUUAGCGCUUGUUCACUGAGAUCAAAGCUGACAGGUUAUUCUUAGGCUGGCUUGGCUGAGCAGGGAUCUUUUUCUGAAGCUAAGGCAAAAAAGGAAAUCAUAUGCCCAGUGGAAGCAAAGUCAGAUUACAUGGGAGAAAUACAGAAAUUCAGCUCUCCAUGAUAGACAAGAAAUUUAUGUGGCCAGAGCUCAGUUAGACUUGGAGCUGGCCAAUACUGUGGGGGACAUAAGAAGUAAUUUUUAAAAAUAUGUCAAUAAUAAAAGGCAGUCCAGAAAUAACAUGAUCCUGUUACAUGAUGAGGAUGAUUACCUCAAAAAUGGGAACAUUGACAAGGCAGAGAUGAGUUCUCUGCUUUGGUCUGCAACAUUGAUGCAGUCAUAGAACACAGCCAGGGUGGGUUCAUGAGAAGAAGAUCCUGCCCGAGAAACUUAAUUCCCUUUAGACAGGGUGACCCAUCUACUUGAUCAAGAGAAACCAGCUGAUGUGAUCUUUUUGGAUUUCAGUAAAGUUUUUGGUACUGUCUCUCACAGUAUCCUUCUGGAGAAAAUGUCCGGCACACAGCUGGAUAAUGCAUUACGUAAUGGACUUACUUUGUGCAGAAUGUCAUCUGAUGAGGAGAAAAGCACAAGUCCAGUUUUCCCAAAUGACUUUGUUCAGCACAGUUCUGUUUCUUCAGAUCCUCAGAUUUGUCACUGGAUGCUGUUUAUUGACACUUUCUGUUGGCGCGUAAGAGAUGAAUAUGAAGACCUGUUUCGUUAUACUGUAGUGACUCCGAAGUUUGAGCAGUGUGUCUCAAAGUUUCCUGAACCUGCCUCAGAAAAGAGACCAUCUGAAAGAAUUUACAGGUUAACAGGUUAUGCCACUCACCAUAAUACUCCAGUCUCAACAUCAGUGAAGCAGGCCGGUAUGGAACAACCUGCUCUUCCAGAAACAACUUCUUCCACACAUGGUCCAGGAGAAGUCAGCAAAACCACAGUGACGGAAUUAACUUCACCAGAUGGAAAAGUCACUCAAAUAGAAAAUAUAGUUGAUGUCUGGAGUGGAAGUCUUAAGACAAAUAUUCUGACUGAACUGAAAACUUGGGAACUUAAUUUGAUUCAACAACACAAGCUUCAAAUGAGACAAGAGAAAGAGAAACAUGACACACAAGUGAAACAACUGCAGAAUGAGAUGGAAAACCUGAAAGAGUUACUUCGUACUUAUGAAAUCUCUAUUAGCAGGAAAGAUGAGGUAAUUACUAACUUGACCCAAGCAUUAGAAAAGCAAAAGGAGAGAGUAGCAUUGAUGAGAAAGUUUACACUGUGGCGGAUUCAGCAUGUUAAAGCCAAACAAGAGGAAUAUGCAAUUAGAAUGGCAGAUAAACAUUUCCAGACAGCUUUGAUGAAGAAAGUGUGGGCUGCAUGGCGCUCUGUUAGUGAAGAAAAAUGGAAAGACAAAGUAGCAAGAGCCUGUCAGUUAAAGGCAGAAGAUGUAUGUGUUCAGCUCACCAAUGAUUUUGAAGCAAAAAUUGCAGAGUUAACUGCUGCUUUGGAACUGACAAGAUCUGAGCUUCUGCAACUGCAUAGUGAAAGAGAUCAGUAUGAAGACACGAUGAAGAAAGCCUUUAUGCGUGGUGUAUGUGCUUUGAAUCUGGAAGCAAUGACCAUGUUUCAAAGCAAGGACAGUAGGCCAGAUCCUGAUACAGGAAGUAGGAGAAAUGAUCAUGCAACCACUGGUGCAGGAAGGCCACCUCCUUCACAAUAUAAUCAACCCUCACCACCACCUCCACCAGCAGCUGCUGUUCAGGUGGAAAACAUGUUUUGUUGCCACCUGGCUCAUGCAAGCACUCCUGAGACCAGGCUAGAUUCUGAUUCUCCAGUUAUCAUCACUAGCACAACAUCAGGAUCUGGUGUGACAUCAACGCAAAAACUGUCCAUGCCAAAAGUAAUAACAUCUGCACAACAGAAAGCAGGAAGAACAAUCACUGCUCGAAUCACAGGCCGAGCUGAUAUGGGACAAAAAUCCAGAGCUUCUGGGAGUUUAGCAGUGAUGGGAGUUGCUCCACCCAUGAGUUCAGUUAUUGUUGAGAAGCAUCAUCCAGUCACUCAGCAAACCAUAUCACAAGCCACGGCUGCUAAGUAUCCUCGAACUGUGCUUCACUCUUCUGGCUCUACCUUUGCAAGACCUGCAGGACAAGCUGGGCGAGUGCUUCAGAGCCAAACUCAUACCAGUGUUCAGUCAAUAAAAGUUGUUGACUGACUGACUGUCUUUCUCACCAGUAGGGCUUUUUAAUCAAGGUACCACUUCCCCAUCCUUUCAGAUUUGAUGCAGUAAGGCCUAAAGUACGUAUCAUGUUUGUACCCUUUUCUAAAAAAGGAAGGUUUUUAAAGUGAAAGUGCUUUUAUAACCUGGAGGGGAAAAAAGAGCUUGAGCUUGUUGUUCUACCUCCAAACUUUUUAUUAUCAAGAAAAACACUUUUUAUUUAAGAAAUCUUUAGCACACUUUUUAAAUAAAGGAUACAAUGUCA